GCUGGUUUUUGUUUUGUUUUAGGUUAGUUUCCUGUUAACAAGAGAAAGAAUUCCCCAGGAGCAGCAAAAAGGAAUCAGAGAAGAGUCCUUGAUGCAGGACAGCAUGGCAAAAACAGUUGCAGUCAUAGGAGCCGGGGCCAGUGGUUUGACUGCCCUUAAGUGCUGCUUGGAUGAGGGUCUUCAGCCCAGGUGCUUUGAGCGAGGGGAUGACAUCGGGGGGCUGUGGAGGUUCCAGGAAAAUGAUACUGAUGGCCAAGCGAGCAUUUACAAGUCUUUAACCAUUAACACCUCGAAGGAGAUGAUGAGUUACAGUGAUUUUCCCAUCCCCGAAGAUUUCCCAAACUAUAUGCACCACAGCAAAGUAAUGGAGUAUUUCAGGAUGUAUGCAAAACACUUUGACUUGCUCAAAUAUAUACGUUUCAAGGCGACUGUCUGCCAGGUCAAGAAAUGCCCAGAUUUUGCCAUCACUGGACAAUGGGAAGUUGUCACAGAAAUGUAUGGGAAGCAACAGUCUGCUAUCUUUGAUGCUGUUCUGGUUUGCACUGGCCACCAUAUAGAUCCUUAUUUGCCCCUGGACUCAUUUCCUGGUAUUGAGAAGUUUAAGGGGAAAAUUAUACACAGUCGGGAAUAUAAGCAUCCUGAAAAGUUCCGGGACCAGCGCCUCCUUGUCAUAGGUUUGGGAAAUUCAGGAGCUGACAUCUCGGUGGACCUCAGCCAUGUCACUAAGCAGGUUUUUCUCAGCACAAGAACUGGCACCUGGGUGGUGAAUCGUGUCUCUGAUGAUGGAUACCCCCUAGAUGUGAUUCAUUUCACACGUUUCAAAAACCUCCUUCGCCAUAUGCUUCCCACAGCUCUGGUAAACCUGUGGGGAGAGAAGAAGUUGAAUACAAGGUUUAACCAUGAGAACUAUGGUAUAAAGCCCCAGCACCGGUUCCUCAGUAGAUAUCCGAUAGCAGCUGAUGACCUCCCAAAUGCCAUCAUUGCUGGCAGGGUGCUAAUGAAGCCAAAUGUGAAGGAGUUCACAGAGAGAGGUGUGGUUUUUGAAGAUGGCAGCAGAGAGGAAAAUGUGGAUGUUGUGAUCUUUGCUACAGGAUACAGUUAUUCCUUUCCCUUCAUUGAGAAUGGUGUGAUCAAGACAAGGAACAAUCACAUCCCAUUAUAUAAAUUUGUCUUCCCACCGCAUCUGGAAAAGCCCACACUAGCCAUCAUUGGCCUUCUCCAGCCUUUGGGAGCCAUCAUGCCAGUAUCCGAGCUCCAAGCUCGCUGGGCUACAAGAGUCUUCAAGGGCUUGAUCACAUUGCCUUCAAAGGAUGAAAUGAUGGCUGACAUUAUGAAGAAGAUGAAGUAUAAUGAGAAACGGUACGUACCAAGCCAGCACAUAUCCUUACAGGUUCAGUAUGUUGACCAUGUGGAUGAAUUAGCCUUCCUUGCAGGAGUGAAGCCCAAUCUUUUGCGUCUCUUCCUGACCGACCCGAGGUUGGCUUGGGAAGUGUUCUUCGGUCCCUGUUCAGCUAUGCAGUUCCGUCUGAUGGGGCCCGGGAAGUGGGAAGGAGCCAGAAACGCCAUCCUCACUCAAAGAGAGAGAAUUGUCAAGGCCACAAAGACACGAGCUCUGCCAAGCUAUGCGGACUCUGCCACUGCCACUUGGGAUCCUUCUCUCUUUAUCAAGGUUCUUGGUUGUUUGGCUGUCUUGGCUGCUAUAUUCGCUUAUCUGUAA